AGCGCCUGGUCGCUAAGUCCCAUCAUGGCUGCCAAGUAGGAGAGAACGUCCCAAAAUCGUUUACAAAGCAAAGCUAUCUUCUUUGCUACAGUUUCGUAUGCCUGAACCAUAAUGGGCUCUUCGAAAAAGCACAAGGAAAAGGAUAAGGAUAGAGACAGGGAGAGGAGGCGAGAAAAAGAACGUAAACAUCGAGAUAAAGACAGGGAGCGUGACAGGGAUUCAGAGAAGGAGAAGAGCACUAGGCGAAGAGAAGAACGAAGCAGAGAGAAGCGGGGCCAUGGAUCAGAAGAAGACGUCGCUAGAGUUGACAAGAAAAAGGCUAAAAGAGAAGAGUACGAUGACCUCUACGAAUACGCUGUGGAAGAAUCGGCUCGUGAUGAUCACGAAAGUAGCCACGAUCUGCCACAGCCCAAACAAGAAGGUGGAGAAAUGUCACUGAGUAUCGAGGAGACCAAUAAAUUGAGGAUCAAACUUGGACUUAAACCUCUUGAAGUUCCUGAUUCAACAGAGGAUAAAGCAAACUCAACUUCUCUCAAAGAAGAUGUCCAUGCCCCUCCAAUCAACAUGUCAGACGAGAAAGAAACUGAAAAGUUCAAGAGGAAACUAGAAGAAAUGAGGGAAAAAAGAAGAAUAAACAAAAAACUGGGCAAAGUAAAAAGCCUCGGUGCAGGAGAUAGUGAUGGUGAUGAUGAUAGUGCCAUGUCAUGGGUUAACAAGAGCAGAAAAACAGAAAGAGAAAAGGCUCUGGCUGAGAAACGAGCCCAGCUAUUAGCAGAAAUGGAUGAGGAGUUUGGAAUUAGUAAUUUAGUGGAAGAAGAAUUUGGCUCUCUCUCAAGACCACGGCAACCAGCCCACUCAAGUCAGGACCUCAGGGGCAUAAAAGUUGAACAUUCACUGGAACAUUUUACGGAGGGCACUUCAGUGAUCAUGACUUUAAAAGAUGCCUCUGUCCUAGAUGAGGAUGAACAAACUUUAAUAAAUGUAAAUAUUGUGGAUAAAGAAAAGGGAAACAAAAACAUUGAGCUAAGAAAGCGAAAACCAGAUUACCGACCUUAUGAGGAAGCUGAAACGGAUGAAUAUGGCAUGGUCAAACCAAGAGGACUUUUGCAAAAGUACAAUGAAGAAAUUGAUGGAGAGCAAAAAAAAUCUUUUGUUCUUGGUUCUGGUGGAAAAUAUGACGCAACCAAAGAAGAUGAAGUAAAAAAGAUACAAGCCAAGCUAAAAGCCCAGAUGGUAUCACUGGAAAUGGCAAAACCUCAGUUGGCUGUCGAGUACUAUACUCAGGAAGAAAUGGUAAAAUUUAAGAAACCAAAGAAGAGGAGAAAAAUUAAGAAGCGAGAAACUCUAAAGGCUGACGAUCUUGACGUGUUACCAGGACAAACAGAUCUAAACAGUGAUAGAGGGUCAAGGAGUGUCAAGUCGAUCCUGAAGAAUGCGCCAAAGAGACAAGACAGAGAAGAAGAUGACCACAUGAUGGAGCUCGAUCCACUGGAACCCGACGUCGAAGAAGUCUUAAUGGCUGAUACAGAUAACAGCUCGAUAGUUGAAGAAGAUGAGGCACAACUCGAACUGCAGCUAGCAUUACAGAGGUCUCGUCGGCUGAAGCAGAAGAAAUCAACAACCGGUGCAGAAAAGGUUGCGGAGGUUCUAGCCACUGUGAUAAAGAAAGAAAAGGAAGAUGAGACUGAAAAGAAAGAUUCCAUCAUCUUAAACUCGACUUCUGAGUUUUGUCGCACGCUUGGGGAGCUACCAACAUUAAAUGUACCUGGUGAACAGGUGGAGGAAGAAGAAGAUGACGAUAACGAGUGGCGUAUGGAUGUCGAGAGAGAUGAAGAAGCUGAACCGCAGGGAGGUUGGGAAUGGGUCAAAACACAAGAAGAGAAGAUGAAAAAAGAGCGAGAAGAGGAGACGGAAAAUAACAUUCUCGAUGCCGAACCUUUGGUUGGAAAAGGAGUUGGUGCUGCUCUGUUUCUUGCGUCAAAGAAAGGGUUACUGGAGCAAACUUCUAAAGCAAAGAUUGAAGGAAAAGCGCUUUCAUUUCUUCCCUCUGUUGGCGUUGUAGAUGAAGAAAAGAUGCGAGAGGAAGAACGGGAACGUGGUGGAAGGCCAUCCAGGGAUAUUGACAGAGAUCGUGAUCGAGACCGUGAUAGAGACAGAUACGGCAGCGGAUCAUCAAAGAGCAAGCAAGAGUACAAACCGGACAUAAAGCUGGAAUAUUUUGAUGAUAAUGGCCGCGCUCUCACUCCUAAAGAGGCGUUUCGUUACAUGUCACACAAGUUUCACGGUAAAGCGUCCGGCAAGAUGAAGUCAGAAAAGCGAAACAAGAAACACCAGGAAGAGAUGGCGCUUCAAAAGAUGAACUCCGGUGACACACCACUCAACACCGCUGCACUUCUUAUUGAGAAACAGAAAACUGCCCAGUCGCCAUUCGUUAUUCUUAGCGGAGGAGGACAAACAUUCUCCACAGGCACCACAAUUUCCAAGCGAAAGUAAGAAUUCCUGCUUCAACGCUCGUUCCGCGUUUCCGAAAUGAUACCGGAAGUCAGGUGAACUCCUUAUAAAGAGUACUUCAGAGACAGGAUAUACCCUCAAGAUCGAGGAUAUUACGUAAUCCGCGUCUGGCGUGUUGGCACUGCGCGCGUGUUGUGUUUGCACCGCGCGUGUCUUGAACCUUUGAAGCUUUUCAUGACUCAGAUAGGAAAGAAGGAAAGAUCGAUCUCCGCUUACUUCAUGUUUGUAAUUAGGCGAAGUCUUGGUCAGCGAAUCAUCCUCAUCAUUUUAAUAUUUGUUUAAAAUGUAGUAGUCGUAACUGAAUUAAAUAAUAACUUUAAAGAU